AUCACUUCCAGUUCGGCUGUCAGAAUCAAAACCGAAGUUAAUAGUAAAUUCAAAAUCUACUAACCUGGUGUAAUUUCUCGAUUCUUCCCAUCAUUUGGAUUUACACGAUUUAAAUUAAGUUGUCUUUAAAUUAAAAUGACGACAAAAACAGUAACAUAUUUAACGCGAACGAAUCGCAUUAUUUCAUACUUUCAAACUCAUAAUGCGCGAAAAACAUCAUGGGUUUCACCAAGUUACAUCACAUUUCGUCAUUUUGGAAGUGAAAAGGCUGAACCAUCAACAAAAACUGGCACAGCUGAACUUAAUGAAAAUGAAAAGAAACUGGUCGCCGACAUCGAAACUUUGACGAAGGAAAUAGAAGCUCUGAAGGAGCAGACCAAUGAACUAACUGACAAGUACAAGAGGUCAUUAGCUGAUGGUGAAAAUCUACGUACACGUCUAACAAAACAGAUAAGCGAUGCCAAAAUUUUUGGCAUUCAAGGUUUCUGCAAAGAUUUGCUGGAGGUGGCUGAUAUUCUGGGUCAUGCUACUGAAGCUGUCCCCAAAGAAGAGAUAAACGAAAACAACAAACACUUAAAAAACCUCUAUGAAGGUCUCACAAUGACAAAGGCUUCCUUAGGACAAGUUUUUAAACGUCAUGGACUAGAACCAAUAAAUCCAUUGAACGAAAAGUUUGAUCCAAACUUCCACGAAGCACUUUUUCAAAAGGAUGAUGACAAAGUAGAGCCAAACACAGUUGUAGUUGUCAGCAAAAUUGGAUACAAACUGCACGAGAGAUGCAUACGACCCGCCCUUGUUGGAGUGUCAAAAGCCUCUUCAUGAAUAUAAUAUUUAAUCUUUAUCUGCAUAUUAUUUUUAGUUUUGUUACUUUGAAUUUUAAAUUCACGACAUGGUUUUUUUCAAAAAUGAGUGAAUGAACAAUUAUUUUGUAUCUUAUGAAUGUUAAACUAUAAAACAAAUAUGUGAAUUGAUUUUAUUUGAUAAAAUGUCUGAUCAUGAUAACGAACAUUUUUUAUUUCUUUUAGUGAUUUUUCAAAUUUAUCUUUAGCUCUCCAAUACUUACAUUUUUAAAUAAUUGUUUGUUUUUAAUAGCUUGUUCACGUUAAGUCGUUUAAAUAAAAGUACAAAAGAAAAAUUGA